GGGCUCUCCCAAUCAUCCACAUUUUGUCUGCAGUGUGUAACUGGUGGGCGUGGUGACGUGCAACAUAUCCGCUCACGCCACCUUGUCUAUAAAUCAGAAGGUCUUUGCAGUGGAUUUCACUUUUUGUGUCAAAUAAGGGGUGUCGCAGCAGAGAGAACAAUGCCAGAAUACACAAUUGUAUACUUCAAUGUCAGAGGUCGUUGUGAAGCAGCACGAAUACUUCUAGCUGACCAAGGUUUCGAAUGGAAGGAAGAAAUUGUGACGUUUGACACCUGGCUGCAAGGAGAUCUGAAAGCUAAAGCGGUGUUUGGGCAACUUCCAGGAUUUAAAGAUGGUGAUCUCACCUUGUAUCAGUCCAAUGCUAUUCUGCGCCAUCUUGCAAGGAAGCAUGGUUUAUAUGGGAAGGAGCCUAAUGAUCAAUCCUGUAUAGAUAUGAUGAAUGAUGGGGUAGAAGAUCUCAGGAUAAAAUAUUUGCAGCUAAUUUAUAAGAAUUAUGAACAAGGAAAGGAUGACUACAUUAAGAAUUUAUCUGCUGAUUUCAAGCACUUUGAAAGUUUCUUGAGUCAGAAUAAUAAUGGAAAAGGCUUUCUUGUAGGCAACGAGAUUUCAUUUGCAGAUUAUAACCUUCUGGAUCUUCUCCGCAAUCAUCUUGUAUUGGCUCCUGGGUGUCUUGCAGAAUUUCCGCUUCUCAGUGCAUAUGUUGAACGUAUCUCUUCUCGGCCCAGAAUUCAGGCCUUCCUGUCUAGUGACGCCCACAAGAAUCGCCCCAUUAAUGGAAACGGCAAACAGUAAUUAAAAAAAAUUCCAGAAAGAUCAAGGCACACCGAGCCACGACAGGAAUGCCGUCUACCGCCAACCCCACACAGAGGAAACCCCCAUUUUCCUUUUUUUUUCCCUCCCUCCCCACCUCCCCCUCUCUCACUCUCCACGAUCUUUCCUCCCUCAUCCCCACCCACACAACACCCCUUAACACCACCGCCGCACGCCCUACGGCCUGCAGCCACACUGCACAACUUAACUCCGCCCUUGGAGCCCCAAAGGCAAAGGACCCACACGAGGACGCAACUCGACAGACCACGUAGCAAGACAACACGACCUACGACCCUUCUAGAGACCCUAGGAAACCUUAGACCGACUAGUCCACAACCAGACCGACUAGACAGACACACACAACACCAAGAGAUCACAGGAGCAGAACAUACCACACCCCCCCCUCAACCGAAUGACCCCGUGACUAUACGACCCAGUUUACCCCCACCCGUUACAAAAUGAAACAGAUGCACAGCCAAAUACAUGUCGGACACGUUCUAAACUCUGUAUCCUCUGCAAACAUAAACUUGUAACAAUAUUGUUAUCAAAAAUGCAAAGCAAACCACUGUGAACGAUGUACCCACAUGUU